AUGUUAGAGAUGGUUAAACGGUUAACUGUGGUUUCAGCCAACAAGCACAAGCCUUGGCUCGAGCCCACCUACCAUGGCAUAGUGACAGAGAACGACGACGCCGUGCUUCUCGACCCCCCGCUGAUCGCGCUGGACAAAGACGCGCCUCUGCGUUUCGCAGAGAGUUUUGAGGUGACAGUCACCAAAGAAGGUGAGAUUUGCGGAUUUAAAAUUCAUGGGCAGAACGUCCCCUUCGACGCGGUGGUGGUGGAUAAGUCCACUGGCGAGGGAAUAAUUCGCUCUAAAGAGAAGCUGGACUGUGAACUGCAGAAAGACUACACAUUCACCAUCCAGGCCUACGACUGCGGGAAGGGGCCUGACGGUGCCAGCGUGAAGAAGUCUCAUAAAGCGACCGUGCACAUCCAGGUGAGCGACGUGAACGAAUACGCGCCUGUAUUCAAGGAGAAGUCCUACAAAGCGACGGUGGUCGAGGGGAAGCAGUACGAAAGCAUUGUGAGGGUGGAGGCCGUGGAUGCAGACUGCUCCCCUCAGUUCAGCCAGAUCUGCAGCUAUGAGAUCGUCACUCCAGAUGCGCCCUUCACCGUUGACAAAGACGGUUAUAUCAAGAACACAGAGAAGCUGAACUACGGGAAGGAACACCAGUACAAACUGACGGUCACAGCCUACGACUGCGGGAAGAAGAGAGCAGCAGAAGACGUUUUGGUAAAGAUCAGCGUCAAGCCCACUUGCACCCCUGGGUGGCAAGGAUGGAGCAGCAGGGUCGAGUAUGAGCCUGGCACAGGAGCCCUGGCCCUCUUCCCAGACAUCCGCCUGGAGACGUGCGAUGAAUCAGUGGCCUCGGUGCAGGUGACGGUGGAGCUGGAGACCAGCCACAUAGGGAAAGGCUGUGACCGUGACACCUACUCUGAGAAGUCCCUGCACCGGCUGUGUGGUGCUGCGUCCGGCACUGCCGAGCUGCUUCCUUCCCCAAGCAGCUCUGCGAACUGGACCGUCGGCCUCCCCACUGACAACGGCCAUGACAGCGACCAGGUCUUCGAGUUCAACGGCACUCAGGCAGUCAGGGUCCCAGACGGCCUCGUUUCCGUCAGCCCGAAAGAGCCUUUCACGAUCUCUGUGUGGAUGAGGCACGGACCCUUUGGCAGGAAGAAGGAGACGAUUCUGUGCAGUUCGGACAGAACAGACAUGAACCGGCACCAUUACUCACUCUUUGUCCACGGCUGUCGGUUUGUUUUCCUCCUCCGCCAGGAUCCCUCAGGGGAGAAGAAAUACAAACCUGCAGAAUUCCACUGGAAGUUGAAUCAGGUCUGUGACGAGGAAUGGCAUCACUAUGUCCUCAACGUGGACAUCCCCAGGGUGACCCUCUAUGUGGACGGCGUUUCCCACGAGCCCUUCUCCGUGACCGAAGACCACCCACUUCACCCGUCCAGGACGGAGACUCAGCUCGUGGUCGGGGCUUGCUGGCAAGAGUAUUCAGGAGUUGAAAGUGACAACGAAACUGAGCCUGUGCCUGUGGCUUCUGCAGGUGGCGACCUGCGCAUGACUCAGUUUUUCCGAGGUGACCUGGCUGGCCUGACAAUCCGUUCUGGGAAACUGGCAGACAAGAAGGUGAUCGACUGUCUGUAUACCUGCAAAGAGGGACUAGACCUGCAAGUCCCCGGAGACAGUGGCGGAGGUGUGAAGAUUGAAGCCAACCCCAGCCAGUCGAUGCUGACUUUGGAGGGAGAGGAUGUCAGGGAGUUGGAGAAGGCCGUGCAGCACGUCGCCUACCUGAACUCCCGGCAGUUCCCCACACCUGGGAUCCGGAGGCUCAAACUCAGCAGCACCGUCAGGUGUUUUAACGAGGCCGCCUGCAUUUCAGUCCCCCCGGUAGACGGCUGCGUGAUGGUUUUGCAGCCCGAGGAGCCCAAGAUCAGUCUGAGCGGCGUCCACCACUUUGCUCGAGCGGCUUCCGAGUUUGAAAGCUCGGAGGGGGUUUUCCUCUUUCCCGAGCUUCGGAUCAUCAGCACCAUCACGCGGGAAGUGGAGCCCGAUGGCGAAGGGGACGAGGACCCCACAGUUCAAGAGUCCCUGGUGUCUGAGGAGGUCGUGCACGACCUGGACACCUGCGAGGUCACAGUGGAGGGGGAGGAGCUGAACCCAGAGUGGGAGAGCCUGGAGGUGGACGUGGCUCGUCUGCAGCACAGUGGCAUCGAGGCGAGCAGCUCUGGCCUGGGCAUGACAUUCACAGGUGUGGACACCAUGGCCAGCUAUGAGGAGGUCUUGCACCUCCUGCGCUAUCGGAACUGGCACUCCAGGUCCUUGCUUGACCGGAAGUUCAAGCUCGUCUGCUCGGAGCUGAAUGGACGCUACAUCAGCAAUGAAUUUCAGGUGGAGGUGAACGUGAUCCACACGGCCAGCCCCGUGGAGCACGCCAGCCACAUGGCCGCACAGCCACAGUUCGUACACCCUGAGCAUCGCUCCUUCGUGGACCUGUCGGGUCACAACCUGGCCAGUCCCCACCCCUUCGCAGUUGUCCCCAGCACGGCGACCGUCGUGAUUGUGGUGUGUGUCAGCUUCUUGGUUUUCAUGAUCAUCCUGGGAGUGUUCCGGAUCCGCGCUGCUCAUCAGCGGACCAUGCGGGACCAAGACGCCGGCAAGGAGAACGAGAUGGACUGGGACGACUCCGCCUUGACCAUCACCGUGAACCCCAUGGAGACGUACGAAGACCAGCACAGCAGCGAGGAGGAGGAGGAGGAGGAGGAGGAAGAGGAGAGUGAGGACGGCGAGGAUGACGAGGUCACCAGCGCCGAGUCUGAGAGCAGCGAGGAGGAGGGUGGGGAGCACGGAGACCGGCAGGCCGUGAGCAGGCAGCAGCAGCUGGAGUGGGACGAUUCCACCCUCAGCUACUGAGCUGUGGCCACGCCCUCCACGCCUUUCCCCCACUUGAGGACCAUUGUCACCGUCGUGCAGUCCCAAGGGUCCAUGAUGUACAAAUCAUUCUGGCCAGUAGGUCUGCGGACCCCCCUCGCCGACCGUCUGCCGUGCUUGGCGUGUAGGACCCUAGGCACCCCCCACCCCCGCCUGAAUCUCCCUUAAGUUAUGGGAGGGGCUGACACCUGCUCUCUCCUGUCACCUCGCUCUGCGUGGCCCCCUCGCGCUGCCUCCAGGAAAGCCACAGUGACCGGACUCACUGACAAGGGGUUAAAGUCACUCACUCCCACCGGGUAAUCCCUUUUCAUUUUUUUUUUUAAAGUUUUUACUUUUUCCAAGCUAGUGCAUGUAUAAAGUGGCAGAACGGGGGUUAAUAUGUAGAUGAUGAACUUUUUAAUAUUUUGUAAAUAAAUUGGGAGUCCUCACGUCCUCUGUGUUAGUGUAACCCAGGACGGGAACGCAAGUGAGGGCGAGACCCUGGGUGCAGGGGAACCAGCGGGCUGCCGCCACCUCCCCGCCCCAGACAAGGAGGAAGGGUCACUGGGACAGUUCCCAGCCUCGGGUGUCGGUUUGGUGGGUGGCCAGGGCAGUCGGGGGCAGGGAUCUGUGUGCUGCUUGGUGGGAGGGGACCAGACCAGGAGCCCUCUGCAGAGGCUGGAAACAGCCGGGCCUUGUCUCUGGGGCUCUGCCCGUUUCCCGUGUGGCAGUGGGGUGGGGAGCUGGGGUCCCCGGGCUCUCGCACACAGCUCCCCGUGCAGGCACCGGGACUUCCUGUGCUCAGCCCUGGGUUCACUUAGACGUACGUGUCCUUGCUGGUGAGAGGACUGUGCGGGUGUGGUCUGGGGACAGCAGCAGGCCAGGAUGAUCCACGCUCGGGUCUGGGAGUAGAUUCCCUGAAGGGGCACCCCGCGGCCCAAAGGCAAAGAACUAGGUUCCUGCAAGGUGCUCUCUUGUCCGCCCCGGAACCCCAGGGGUGACGGCCACUCUCCAGGAGUGAGGCGCCCGCUGCCGUGCUUGGUGGCGAAGGGAAGGGAGAGGACAGCCCUGAGCUAAAACCCCUACAGCACUUUGUUUUUAAUUUACGUGUAAAAUUUUAGAUUUCUAAAACUGGGGGGGAAAUAAUUUUGAAUCCUGUUCUGUGAUCAUAACUGCUAGUUUCGAGGACACUGCCCGCUGUCUCCGUGUCGUGUGUGGCCCUCCCUCCGUGUAUUGUCACUGUAGCUGCUUAGACAGUGGACAGAUGCCGUCGCGGAGACGAGGCGUCCGCGUGCUGUCCGUAGCCGCCGUGAGCCCAGCCUUUCCGAUGUGUAUGUCGCUAGGUCAGAAAGCAUCUCCACUCCAAUAAAGUUCUGGUUCUAA